CACAAGCCUAGUGCGCAGGUGAAGGAGGACGUUUUAAUAAACUGUGCCGUUUUUUUUACGUGUCAUUAUAAAUAUGAUCAAUUAACCAAGCGGACAUUUGUCACCAGCUUCCCUCCUGUCUUUUCCUGCCAUGGCUCCUGUGCAUACCAGGACAGGCUCCAGUUCCCCAUGACCCUGAACUUGAGAAGUGUUAAGAUUUAAGAGGAUCUGCAGCACUCUCUGCUGGCCACUGCACAGAUAAAUGUGGACAAAGAUAAUAUUGUAUUUUUAGAGCAACCAUUCUUGAAAUUCUGUCACUUUGACCUCGAACAUUGUGUGCGCAGUGUGACAUUUCAUGGUGUGUGUAAGGACAGUGGAUGGUUUGCAUAAAUAAACCACUGUUUGCUAAUAACAUCUAUAACUCCGUCUCUUUAUGAUCCAGUGUCUGUCCCUCUGUCUUCUUCUCAACUGUGUAUAAGUUUAACCUCAACAUUACUCAUCCCUAACUGUUGCCGUUUCCAUCGCUCCAGUAUACAAAACAUGCAAACAUCAGGCUUGUUUGUGGCAUAAAGUUCCUGGAAUGAAUUUAUUUGCAUGGCUAUCACUGUUUAUAAUCAUUCUACCGUGCCUUUCCUGAUGCAAACACUGUCAGGUUAGGCAAAGCAGAGCAGUCCUCCUUUAGCUCUGUGCGUGAGGAGACAACACCACCACAGAGAAUAGUUAUGAGGGAGAUACCUCUGUAUGUUUUGCUUGGUCAUCUUCUCAUAGCUGCAGUUGGCUCUGUCUGUGUACCUGUCCAGUGCCUGAAAUGUAAUAUCAAAGGACAAACUUUAGCAGAUUCUUGUCCGCUCUGCAACACUACAGCACAGUGCUUCAAUGUGACUACAUCCAACUGCACCAAAGACUUUAAGGUCUUUGUCAACAGCAGUGGAUCUGUGGCAAAUGCGGGUGAAGAAAUCACUCUAACAUGUUGCCAUGACCUUCCCAAUCUCAAUCUGAUGUUUGAAUGGACGAAGGAUAAGAACAAAAUUGAAGAACGUGGAAAUGGAAGCAAGCUGGUUCUCCAAAAAGUGACGUUGCGUCAGUCAGGCAAAUAUUCCUGCUCUGUGACGAGCCUUUGUGGCACUUUUAAGUCUCUGCCACACGAUGUCACUGUAAACGACAACAGUGUGGUGAUCUUGGUGGUUUGUGGUGUUGGUGCUCUGGUCCUGGUUGUGAUUAUGGGGAUGGCUAUGAAGUUCAAGCUGAAAAGAGACAACGUUAAACACAAAGAGAGGAUGAGGCAGAGAGCACAGGCUGCACAGAGUAGCAGUCCAGCUCCAAUCACACCAAGAGAUUCCUAAAUAAGCACCAGUUCAUCAUAUUCAGAUGUACUAAACAGAUAUAUUGUUGGCAGAUAUAUUAUUACUUGCUGUUGUAUUAUUUGCUGUAGAAAUAAACCCUCUAUUAAUCUCUCUCUUGUAGGCUAAGUGUGUUCGAUCAGGUGAGGUUAAGGGCUUAUGUACAGCAGGGUGGAUCCAUUGUUUAGCACAGUGCUCAGGGUAGCCACGCCCACUGAGCAGAAAAGCCUGUUCAGUUGAGGAAAAGAGCCUAGAAAUGUUUUAAUCCAGGCACAGGACAGGCGUGCUCCAACUAAUCCCACUGAAUGCUCUACUCACAGGAGGCACACCACAGAAGAGCCACACAGAGCAGCUUUACCGCAGCUUGCAUGUAAUGGAUAUGUGAGAUGUUAAUGCUAUCCACUCUUCUCCAAAAGAUGGAUGGAUGUGAGGAUUUGAGAGUUGACUUAUGAACAUAUAAAUAAUAGGUUCCCCGGUUCAACAUGAUAUAAUCUUUCAAAGUUUGUGUUAAGCUCUAUGUACACUGCCAGGCCUCACACUGAGUGUUUGUGUUUUUUUUCUGUAUUAUCAGCAUUUCCUCCCUUCAGCCAUAUGGCAAACUUUUCUCCUAUUUUGGUGUGCGAGUGUGUCAGGAAGGACUGUUUAUUCAGUUUCCUCCUAUAGCAGGUGGCUGAGGGAUAAUCCAGGUAAAGCCAGUGCAAAGUGGAGAUGGAGGGUUGGACAGAGGAAGGGGGAGGGUGAAUGUGGUGGCCUUUGCAUGGGUGACUAGGGCUAAUUCUGGCCUCCUAAUCCCGGCCCCAUCCACCCUCCCCCUCUUCCUGCCCGCUAACUCCACGGCGCAAUGAGGAGCAAUUGACGCCCAGGUAGACGUUACUAUCACAUACACAUAUAGCACUUAACUCGCUCGAGUUUACAGAGGAAGAAGAGGGGGAACAUACAGGGGAGUGCUGGUACCUUCUGUGAAUAGCUAACCUGGGUGACCUGGAUAGCUAACACACCUGUGUGAGCUUCACUGGAGAAUGUAGCUGCAGCCCUCCAGCCAAGCCAACAGGAAACAAGCCACCAUGGGAGAAGCUCAAAAGCAGGGCUUACUCUCCGUCAUUGAGAAACUGAAGGGAUCCACAGAGCAAGAGGUCAGGAUAGUGCUCCUGGGAUUGGACAACGCCGGCAAGACCACCCUGCUGAAGAGCCUCGCCUCCGAGGAUGUGAAUACAAUCACACCAACGCAGGGUUUCAACAUAAAGAGCGUGGCCUCACAUGGCAUGAAACUUAAUGUGUGGGACAUCGGAGGACAGAGGAAGAUCAGGCCCUUCUGGAAAAAGUAUCUGGAACAUACAGACCUCUUGAUUUACGUCAUUGACAGUGCAGACAAGAAGCGGUUUGAAGAGACGGGACUGGAGCUGUCUGAGCUGAUCGACGAGGAGAAUCUAAAGGGCGUUCCAGUGCUCAUCUUUGCCAAUAAGCAGGAUCUGGCCACAGCGUCACCGGCCAGUGAGAUCGCCGAGGGACUCAACCUGCAUACAUACCGGGACCGUGAGUGGCAGAUUCAGGCCUGCUCAGCUGUGUCUGGGGAGGGAGUUCAGGAUGGCAUGAACUGGAUUUGCAACAAUAUUGUGAAUAAGAAGAAGUGAAGACACAUCAGGAACAACUGACCAGAGUCAAACAGAGAAUCAG